UGAGAGAGAGAGAGAGAGAGAUUUGAUUUGAUUUGCAUUUGCAUUUGCGCAUUUCUGUUCUUCGUCCGGCGUUUGAAAUUCUCUCCCGAUCUCCGAUUCCAUCUCCUCCGCCCUCCGAUCCCCCCUCCGCCGCCUCCGAUCGCGGUGGCCUCGCAGCGGCGACGCGCUCCUUCCCCCUUUCCCCCUCCGCAUCCGCCCGGCGCCCCGCCGGAACCCUACGGCGGCCCGCUCCCGCAGAUCCGCGGCAUCAGAUUCGGAUCGAUCGCCUCGGUCGGUCGGUCGGUCGGCCGGCUUGGUUUCCGUCGGUUCGUGAUCCGAUCGCCUUCUCCGGCGAGGAAACGCGCUCGAUCCCCGCUUCUCCCCGCGCGGUCGCUGCCGUCGCCCCGAUCGGAGUCGAGACAUGGAGGCGAUCGAGGAGUUGGUCCAGCUCUCGGACUCGAUUCGGCAGGCGUCCGCGCUCCUCGCCGAUGAGGACGUCGACGAGAGCUCCUCGUCGUCCUCGUCGUCCAAGCGCGCCACCACUUUUCUCAAUGUCGUCGCGCUCGGCAACAUCGGCGCUGGGAAAUCUGCUGUCCUAAAUAGUCUCAUUGGCCAUGCUGUCCUGCCAACUGGUGAAGGUGGAGCUACUCGGGCUCCAAUAAGCAUUGACUUAAAUAGGGACAGUUCUUUAAGCACCAAGUCAAUUGUUUUGCAAAUUGACAGCAAAUCUCAACAAGUAUCUGCAAGUGCUCUUCGCCACUCUCUACAAGAUAGACUAAGCAAGAGUUCAUCUGGAAGAAGCCGGGAUGAAAUAUACUUGAAACUCCGCACUAGCACAGCUCCACCAUUAAAGCUCAUUGAUUUACCUGGAUUGGAUCAAAGAGUCAUGGAUGAUUCACUGAUCAGCGAGUAUAUUCAGCAUAAUGAUGCUAUUUUACUGGUUGUAGUACCUGCUACUCAGGUGCUGGAAAUUUCAUCAUCACGAGCCCUCAAGGCUGCAAAAGAAUAUGAUUCGGAAAGUACUAGGACCGUAGGUGUCAUUAGCAAAAUUGAUCAAGCAGCUUCUGAUUCAAGAGCUCUUGCAGCCGUUCAGGCUCUCCUCUUGAAUAAGGGACCCCCGAGGACUGCUGACAUUCCAUGGGUUGCUUUAAUAGGUCAAUCAGUUUCAAUUGCUUCUGCUCAAUCUGGAGGAGUCGGUUCAGAGAAUUCACUGGAAACUGCUUGGAGAGCUGAGAGUGAAAGUCUUAAAUCCAUUUUAACUGGGGCCCCCCAGAGCAAACUUGGUAGAGUAGCUUUGGUUGAUGCUCUUGCUGCUCAGAUUCGUAAUCGUAUGAAACUCAGGGUUCCAAAUCUACUCUCUGGGCUUCAAGGUAAGUCUCAGAUUGUCCAGGAUGAGUUGGUGAGGCUUGGUGAGCAGAUGGUUAAUAGUCCUGAAGGUACAAGAGCCUUAGCUUUAGAGCUGUGCCGUGAAUUUGAGGACAAGUUUCUCCUGCACAUUACGGGUGGUGAAGGUAGUGGUUGGAAGAUUGUUGCGAGCUUUGAGGGCAAUUUUCCUAACCGCAUCAAGCAGCUUCCCUUGGAUCGGCAUUUUGAUAUUAAUAAUGUCAAAAGGAUUGUGCUAGAGGCAGAUGGUUAUCAACCUUAUCUUAUCUCUCCAGAGAAAGGACUUAGAUCUCUGAUAAAAAGUGUCUUGGAGAUGGCAAAAGAGCCAUCACGGCUCUGUGUGGAUGAGGUGCACCGUGUCCUGAUGGACAUUGUUUCUGCUGCCGCAACUGCUACACCAGGUCUCGGAAGAUAUCCUCCUUUUAAAAGAGAGGUUAUAACCAUCGCAACUGCUGCGCUUGAGACAUUUAAGAAUGAGGCCAAGAAGAUGGUGGUUGCACUUGUUGACAUGGAACGUGCAUUUGUCCCUCCUCAACACUUCAUUAGAUUGGUGCAAAGGAGGAUGGAAAGGCAGCGUCGUGAAGAUGAGCUAAAGAAUAGAUCUUCCAAAAGAGGAGUUGCUGAUGCAGAGCAAUCCACUCUCAACAGGGCAACUAGUCCUCAAACCGGGGGUCAACAAAGUGGAGGUAGCUUGAAAUCCAUGAAAGAGAAACCAAAUCAGCAAGACAAGGAUGGGCCGGAGGGAUCUGUACUAAAGACUGCAGGGCCAGAUGGAGAGAUGACGGCAGGCUUCUUAUUGAAGAAAAGUGCAAAAACAAAUGGAUGGAGCAAGAGAUGGUUUGUUUUAAAUGAGAAAACUGGCAAGUUUUCAUAUACCAGGAAGCCAGAAGAACGACUUUUCCGUGGUACCAUCAUUUUGCAGGAAUGUAACCUCGAAGAAAUCUCCGAUGAUGAUGAACCCCCACCAAAAAGUUCCAAGGAUAAAAAAUCAAAUGGUCCAGACUCUGGAAAAGGACCUGGUCUUAUCUUCAAGAUAACUAGCAAGGUUCCUUACAAGACAGUACUGAAAGCUCACAGUGCAGUGGUAUUGAAGGCUGAGACUAUGGCAGAGAAGGUUGAGUGGUUGAACAAAUUAAGAAAUGUUGUCCCGCCUUCUGCUGGAGGUCAAAUGAAGGGAGAAUCUGGGCUCCCCCUCCGGCAAAGCCUCUCCGAUGGUUCUCUGGAUACCAUGGCAAGAAGACCUGCAGAUCCAGAGGAAGAACUUCGGUGGAUGUCCCAAGAAGUUCGUGGUUAUGUCGAAGCAGUCCUCAACAGCCUUGGUGCUAAUGUUCCAAAAGCAGUGGUACUUUGCCAAGUAGAGAAAGCCAAAGAGGACAUGCUCAAUCAAUUAUACAGUUCGAUCAGUGCUCAAAGCACAGCAAGAAUUGAAGAACUGCUUCUAGAGGAUCAUAAUGUAAAACGCAAGAGGGAAAAAUGCCAGAAACAGGCCUCCCUCCUGUCGAAACUCACAAGACAACUCAGCAUUCACGAUAAUCGAGCAUCUGCUGCCUCUAGCUGGUCUGAUAGCAGCAGUGCUGCAGAAAGCCCAAGGAGUAAUGGACCAUCAUCUGGUGAUGACUGGAGGAGCGCUUUCGAUGCGGCCUCCAAUGGACACAGUGAUUCAUCUCGGUUUGGGACGAGCCACAGUCGGCGGAAAAGUGACCCGGCUCAAAAUGGUGAUGUCAGCCCGGCAUCAAAUCCCGGUGGCCGGCGUACACCGAUUCGAUUACCGCCUGCACCCCCACAGUCAGGUUCGACUUACAGAUACUAGAUGUUUGAAGAUCAUGAUGGACAAUGACUCUCAAGGCAUUCUUGUUGGGUGGGUGUCUUCGCUCCUGGUGGUUUGAGUAUUUAAAUUGAAUCACAUGUUGCUGUAUAUGCUUCAUAGAGGUGAGAAUCGAGUAUUAGGUGGUCAUGUAUAAAAAUUACGCAAUUAAUAUCGGGGCCCGCUCAUCCGACUGUCUGUCAUCCGGAGCUUCAUUAGUUCCUUUCAUUGGAAGGAUUGGUUUGU